AUGUUGUCCUCCCCUUCACCUUUUCUGUCUUCACCUUUACCUCCUCCUAUUAGUGCAGGUGAUGCUUCAGCUAGCGAGCACUACUAUAAGCGGAAGUGCCACGAUCUUGAGAAGGAAGUUGCAUCUUCACUAGGAAAAAGGAAGAAAGACAAGGUGUCCACAAAACGGUUGGGAUGUGGUAUCCCUAAAGCAGUCUCCCUCUUCCUUGGAGUCGACGAGGUAGUCAGGCAGUCUGACAAGCACCAGCUGUUGCUUAUCGGGGAGCUUGACAAUGCUGAGUUUGCUGGGAUGACCACAAAGGCAAUAGGAAACUUGAAGUGUGAUUGGGCUUGCUCGAACACAGCCUUCAAAGAGCUUGUUCGACUCAUCCCCAACUUCCAGAAGAAAAUCGACAACGAUGAGCCAGCACAACUUCAGUCCUUCUAUGUGGAGCAUGGAGGUAAUGCUGCAUGCAGAGAUGGCGUAGGCAACAUGAUGCACAGCAUUGCCAUCUGGCUCAACGAGGCAUUCCAAGACGCUCGCCCCCUCUUGAAUCCAGAUGAUCAUGAAAUGCCACCUCGUGGCAUUAAGCACCCCAUCACUGGCCGUCUUCUCUGCCCUGUUAAGUACAAGUGGGAAGACAAAGAGAUUCAGGUCAAGCUUCGAGGUUCUGCCCCAGGCUAUGAGUACUAUGGCAAUUUCCUCCUGCACUGUCUAUUUGAAGACCCUGAAAACCCAAUCCAGUUGGAGCAGGGCUUCCUCAAGAGUUCCCUCUUAGUUAAGGUCUUCAAGUUCAUAUUCACAUCGCCGAAGUCCAUGAAGACCGUCAACAUUCAAGAUCACAGUGACAGCGACAACGCUGAAGGAACUUCCAACAAGGCAUCACGAACUACUAGUGGGAGGAAGAAGGGGCGUCAUAGUGUGGCUGGGAAUCUCCAGAUGAUGCAUGUCACUCCAAGAACACUUGCAUAUGCUGCAGCGCAGCUUAUCCUCGCAUUGUCUGACGUAAAGCAGUGGACGGACAACAUUCAUGGCCUCAAUUUGAAGCUUUUCUAUGAGUUCAUUAUAGAUUACUUCAAGGAAAUCCCUGCUGCUAAUGCAACACAUCGAGAGAAGGUCUGCGAGCUUCCCGACUGGUGGAAUAAACAGGUCUUCCCUGGGGUGGUGUCAGCUGCGUCGUCUGAUGCAAAGGAUGAAGGUAUGAAGCUCCUGGAGGAGUGGGGAUUGUAG